AAGGCAUAAAUGUUGGUUUAGGCGCCUCCGCUAAAACAAUACGGAUGAAAACGUGGUAGCCAAGUCAGUUACAUUUUAUAAAUAAGACUAACAAAAGAUACGACUUUCAUUUCAUCAUCACCUUCUCUUCCAACAAAAUCUACUUUUUUCUUUCUCUCUAAGUAACCAUGGCUUCACCUUUGCUUGGUCCACCGGAGAUUCAACGCUCCAACUCUCUCCUCCCAAAACCCACCACAGCCUCCGAUCCGUUCAUGGACCUAAUGGUCGCAAACUUCAACAAGUCGACGAAAGUCAACGUCUCCUCUUCUCCUCUGAUGGGCUUAACCGAGAACGGAGCCGCUACGUACCUAUCCACAGGGAACCCAUGUCUUGACUUCUUCUUCCACGUUGUUCCCAGCACUCCCAAGGAAUCGCUGGAGCAGAGACUCCGUACGGCUUGGAGCCACGACGCUUUGACCACACUCAAGCUCAUCUGCAACCUCCGUGGAGUCCGUGGUACCGGAAAAUCCGACAAGGAAGGGUUUUACACUGCGGCGCUUUGGCUCCACGCCUGCCACCCAAAAACGCUAGCGCACGCCUCUGCGUGUAAUCUCGAAGCCCUCUCGAAAUUUGGAUACUUUAAAGACUUCCCCGAGAUUCUUUACCGGAUCCUACAAGGGGUUGAGAUCCGUAGGAUCCAGAAGUCUGAAUGGCAACAGAGGAAAGGCCGUUCCGGGCCUAGAUCUAGAUGUAGAUUUGGAGGAUUUGGAGGAAGUAGAGGUAGAGGUAGAGGCAGAGGAAGAGCUCCUUUCUAUGUUGGUACCUCGAGAUCCUCUCAUUAUGGUCGUGGGGUAGGUCGUGGACCUAAGAAGCCGGCGGCUACAAGGGAGAUGAGGAUAGCUAACGCAGAGAAGAGGAACCAGGAAGAGAAGGCGAAAGCUAGCUUGGACCGCAAGCUUGAGAAGAUAUCAAUGGGGAAGAAAGCUUUCGCUAGAUACUCUGAAGAUCCCGACUAUCGUUUCCUCCACGAACGAGUCUCUGAUCUAUUCGCAGACUACCUGAAGAAGGAUCUCGAGUUCUUGACAUCCGGGGAAACGAACAAGAUCUCUCUAGCUGCCAAGUGGUGUCCGUCGCUCGACUCUUCCUUCGACAAACCGACUCUUCUCUGCGAGAGCAUCGCUAGAAGAAUCUUCCCUCGCGAAUCUUUUCCGGAGUACGAAGGCCUAGAAGAAGCUCACUACGCUUACAGAGUACGUGAUCGCCUAAGGAAACAAGUCCUCGUUCCUUUAAGAAAGACUCUGCAGCUCCCAGAGGUUUACAUGGGAGCUAAAGAAUGGGACUCUCUCCCUUACAACAGAGUAGCAUCAGUUGCCAUGAAGUCGUACAAGGAGAUUUUCUUGAACCACGACGCGGAGAGGUUUCAGAGAUAUCUCCAAGACGCGAGAGAAGGCAAAACGAAAAUCGCCGCCGGUGCCGUGUUACCUCACGAGAUCAUCGGGGAGCUAGACGGAGGAGACGGCGGACAAGUCGCCGAGCUGCAGUGGAAACGAAUGGUGGACGAUUUAAAGAAGAAAGGCUCGAUGACGAGUUGCAUCGCGAUCUCCGACGUCUCGGCAUCCAUGAUAGGCGAUCCCAUGGAGGUCUCCGUCGCGCUGGGACUACUCAUCUCGGAGCUGACGGACGAGCCGUGGAGAGGGAAGCUGAUAACCUUCAGCCGCGACCCUGAGCUGCAUGUCGUGGAAGGAGACGAUCUGAGAUCGAAGACAAGUUUCGUGAGGAGGAUGAAGUGGGGGAUGAACACUGAUUUUCAGAAAGUGUUUGAUGUGAUUCUUAAAGUGGCGGUUGAAGGGAGGUUGAAGCCGGAGCAGAUGGUCAAGAGGGUGUUUGUUUUCAGCGACAUGGAGUUCGACCAGGCUGCGUCGUCGUGGUUGCCCGUGUGUAGAACGCUAACAUGUUAUAAUGCAAGAAAAAAUGAUUUAUGGGAAACGAAUUACGAGGCGAUUGUCAGAAAAUACAGAGAGGCAAGGUACGGUGACGCUGUGCCGGAGAUAGUGUUCUGGAACUUGAGGGACUCGAGGUCGACGCCUGUGGAUGGGAGCAAGAAGGGAGUGGCGUUGGUGAGUGGGUUUUCGAAGAAUCUUAUCAAAAUGUUUUUGGAUAAUGAUGGUGAGAUCAGUCCCAUGGCAAUCAUGGAGGCUGCUAUAUCAGGAGAAGAGUAUAGCAAGCUUGUGGUUGUUGCGGACAGCAGAGAUAAGAUGACAAAACCAAAAGUGAAAACUAGUGUGGAAAGACAGAAGCCCAUCAAACAAUCAACGGCUACUUUGUGCUCAGAAUGUAGUAACAGAAUCAAAAGUGCAAGUGGUCGUGCAUUGUACGGAAUCGUCCAGCCAGUCGCAUUGAAGAAUCGUUUUGAUAUGUUGGAAUCUGAUGAAUAAGUGAAGCCCUGAUUGACAGUUUGGC